CGUGAAUCUUUCCUCUUAACUGUUCAUUUUCUUUCAAUUCCCCCCUAUAUAUUGCCUCACAUCUAUUGCACUUCUUCAACAAGCACCACUGUCAUUUUCCCUUCUCUUUUAUCCUCUACAAUGGAGUCUUCACAGCAUUACAAUGCUCAUAAAGCCUGGUGUCUCUUCAGUUUCUUCGCCACCGCUAAUCUUUUCGAUUCCCAUGAUUUCUUCUCUUUCUUUCUUGCAUUUUUCUUUCUUGCUCUCCUCACGUGGGCAUUUGCCCCCGCCGGCAUCGCUUGGAAAAACGGAAGAAACUCUCGAGGUCGAAUCCCCAUUCCUGGGCUCAGAGGUCUUCCUUUUUUUGGAAGCUUAUUCUUUUUAAGUCGCUGCUUGCCUCACCGUUAUUUAGCUUCCAUGGCGAAACAACGGGGUAACACCGAACUCAUGGCUUUCAGUCUUGGAGAAACUCCUGUCGUUGUGUCGUCUCAUCCAGUUAUUUCGCGGGAGAUUUUGACUUCUCCUCACUUUGCCGACCGCCCCGUGAAACAGUCUGCUCGCAGCCUCAUGUUCAGCCGCGCCAUCGGGUUCGCCCCUAACGGGACUUACUGGCGACUUCUUAGAAGAAUUGCCUCUUCUCGUCUUUUCUCUCCUCGCCGCAUUUCCACCCACGAGGCAGGCCGUCAAACCGACUGUGACGUCAUGCUUCGAAACAUCGCGCGCGAACAGAAGCAAAACGGCUACGUUUUGUUGCGCAAACACCUCCAGUUCGCUGCUUUGAACAAUAUCAUGGGCAGCGUCUUCGGGAAAAGAUACGAUUUUGAACGUGACCAAGAUGAGCUCGAAGAGCUUCGACAAAUGGUGAGAGAAGGAUUUGAUCUCUUGGGCGCUUUCAACAUGUGUGAUUAUUUGCCAUGGAUAAGUUUCUUUUAUGACCCUUGUCGUAUAGUUGAGCGUUGCUCAACACUCGUCCCCAGAGUUAAACAAUUCGUUAAACGGAUGAUCGAUCAACAUAGACACAAUGAGUCGAGGAAAACAUGUGAUAAUGGUGAUUUCGUUGACGUUUUGCUCUCUUUAGACGGUGACGAAAAACUACAAGAAGAUGACAUGAUCGCUAUCUUAUGGGAGAUGAUCUUUAGAGGAACUGACACUACCGCUCUGUUAACUGAGUGGGUUAUGGCCGAGUUGGUUUUGAACUCGGAAAUACAAUCCAAGCUUCAAGCGGAGAUGGAAAGAGUGGUGGGUGACAGGGCCAUUACGGAUGCUGACGUGGCAAGACUACCGUACUUACAGGCGGUGGUGAAGGAGGCUUUGAGGGUCCACCCACCGGGCCCACUUCUCUCAUGGGCGAGACUGUCAACAUCGGACGUCCAGCUCAGCAAUGGCAUGCUGGUCCCAGCCAACACGACUGCCAUGGUGAACAUGUGGGCCAUCACGCACGAUGCCAGCGUGUGGGAGGACGCAGAGGUGUUUAAACCAGAGAGAUUCUUGGAUGCUGAUGUGGACAUCCGAGGCAGCGAUCUGAGGCUGGCCCCUUUCGGGGCUGGUCGUCGGGUGUGCCCUGGGAAGAACCUGGGGCUAGCCAUGGUAACCCUUUGGGUGGCUAAAUUGGUGAACCGGUUCAAUUGGGUUCAAGACAUGGCGAACCCAGUUGACCUAACGGAGGUUAUGAAGCUCUCUUGUGAAAUGAAGAAGCCGUUGUGUGCUGUUGUGGAGGAAAGGAAGAAUUAAGGUUUUAAAAUUAGGGUUUUCUUAUUGUUAAUUAUGAGUUAAGGUUCUGAUUUUAUGGGUUGGUGGGUUUGUUAUUAUUGAGUUCAAUAAAACUAUGUGCACCCAUUUUUGGUACAUAAUUUAUGUACACAGAUGAGGUAUUAUCAUGUAA